GAGGAGAAGCGGCCGGAAGAGACGACGGCGCGAUGGGUUAUGCCCGCUUUUCAACGGGGAGCACGGAAGCACGUCGAGUGAUUGGCUCGUUUGAACGAGACAACCGCGACGUGCUAUUGGUUAAUUCGAACGCGGCAGGUGGAUCGCAAGGAUCCGACGUGCCAGCGGGAUUCCGAGGUGCAUCUGAUGCCGUGCAAGAUUCAUGGCGACGAGUCAGCGAAGGUCUCUUCGUUCUUCAAGCCUUACAUGCGUAAAGUGGACGAAGAAUAUUAUGAAUGCUCCUUCCGUGGCUAUCCGCUUCAAGGAAAGAAAAUAACUGUACCUGCUGGAUACAAGGGCAUGAUAUUCAUGGAAAACAAAAAGACUGAUACUGAAGGCAAGAACCGGAAUUUAUACCGCACUGGAACCUUCUCACAGUUCACAUACUGGAACUACGACAGGAUACCAUCUAAGAAUGAUGCACUCUCAGCAGCUUUAGAUUGGAUUGACAUAGCCGAUGCCUUACAUACACCAGAAACAUAACUGCGAUGCAAGAAGUACAACUACUUGAACUGAAUGAUCUAAGACAUAUACAUUGUUUUUGAUAAUAUAUUUUUAUACUUGGAGAGUAAAGAGGAACAGACAAUAAAACAGUAUAUUUCAUGUAA